AUGUACGUUGUCCUUAGUAAAUCUAGUCGCUGGAGUGCCAUGAAAGAAAAGGGAAAUACAUUAGGCACGUUAGACGGAGGCUCUCCUCUCACGUGCGAGGUCGGAGGUCGCUGGUUCCUCGCGGGCUUGGCGUCCUGGGGCCGAGGGUGCGCCGUGCCUGGGGGCCCUCUGGUGCACACGCGGGUCGCCUCCUUCAUGGACUGGCUUCGGGGAGGUCAUGGGGUAGAGCUGACGGAGGCGACGGUCUCCCCCAAAGACCCGCCGGAGGACCAGACCAGCCCUUUCGACACCGAGGCCCUCCAGGGAACCGAGUCUCCGAUAAUCAACGUGAUAAUAGACUCUCCUGACGAAGAUGAACUCGCCCAUAAAGUGCCAGAGAUUCAAGUUGUUCGGAAUAGCACGUGUGGCUUUAAAGGCGACUGGAAUGAAUUGACGGAAGAGUCCACCAGCGGCAUGCAGGGUGGAGUGGCUGCUUCCACGGUGGAGUUCUGUUGGGUGGCGGCCCUCGUGGAGCGCCGAGGAGGGACACUCGAGUACCUUUGCUCAGGCGCCCUCGUGGAGGUCGACCUCGUCCUUACUACGGCCUCCUGCCUCAAGAGACUAAACACCCGUGAAUUGCACCGAUAUAUCGUGGUUCUCGGCGACAGCAACUUGCGCGAGGACCUGCCGUACGGGGUGCAGUUCCACGCCCUCUCCCAAGUGGUCGUCCACCCACACUAUUCCACCUUCGAUGACGUCCAUACUAAUGACAUAGGCAUAAUGAUGCUACGCGACCACGCCACCUUCAGCCACCAGGUGUGCUCCGUGUGCCUGGCCCUCCAAGACGUCCCCAUCCCCUCCCAAGACUGCGUCCUCGCUGGCUAUGGCAUCUCCGACGGCCAGCUUGCAACAGCGGGAGGUCACGAGGGAAACCCGACAGAAGGCAUCCUCAGGAAGCUGUCUCUGCCAUUACUCAAGGAGAAAGAGUGCCGGGAAGCCGUGGACAAAGUGACACGCACUAAACCUUCCGCGGCUUCCAAUUCGUUCCUUUGUGCUGGGAGUCUCGGCAAAACCAGCGCUUGCUAUAGCACAAUGGCGGUUGGUUCUCCCUUAGCGUGCGGAGUUCGAGGCCGCUGGUUCCUCGCUGGCUUGGCCUCGUGGACCGGAAACUGUGCCGUGUCAGGAGCUCCCGCCGUGUUCACAAGGAUGACCGCCUUCAGCAACUGGCUCCGGGAAUCUUCUGUUUUAAUGAGACGAAGGAAAUAUCCGAAAAUGUCGAAUACGUGACGAGGGGUGAAUGUAAGUUAUUGUAGGCCUAGAUGUAGAUGUAGAUGUAGAUAUAUUCAUAGUUGCAUGUUUGGCUCAUUAGGUUUGCUAAAAGACCAUUAAUCAAUGCAUUUUAUUCAUGUAAGAUAGAUCUUAACAUCGCACAAAUUCAAUAAUUAAAUUCAUUAUAGUAAGUUUA